AUUGCGCAAAACUCGAAAAUUUAACCUCUCUUCCUCAUUUAUCAACGCAGAUCGCGUGUGAUUUCUUUCUCACUUUGGCAACUGGAAGCAAAACGAAUCUUAGAAAGCUGAUGGUCUUAAUCCCUCAAGUGUUUCCUUCUUUUGACUAUUGACUAUCUCAUCGGUCCUUCCCAUUUUCUGGUCUAAAAGUCUCGAAGUCCCUCCCUCUCGUUCCACCCUGUCCACCGGAAAAGUCACAGCAGCAACCGGAGUUGCUACCUCCCUUGACUCCACCCUCCUCUUUCGAAUCUCUGACGCCGAAGAGAGGAGAAAACGGGCAAACACGUCGACCACAGUCGACUGUGGCAGCUCCUCCACCCCCUGUCGUGACCCACCACCGUCAAACACCCUGACGCUGCUGCUGCUUAUCCGCCUGUUGCCUCCGUUCCAGCAUCCACCUGCCAUCACCCUCCGCCAAGAAACACCGCCUGCCAACUCGUCUUCCCCCCCUGUGUCGACGAGCAACACCAACCCCCGCUUAUCGCCACCUCCAGUCGCCUCUUCCCCUUUCUCGCUCGCCGGAAGUGAAGCAAACGAAAACAACGGAGGUCGCCGGAGCAAGCACCGCCGCUUGCUGCUGUUGCUGAACAAUCGUCGCCACUACCACCGGUCGCUGUUGCUGCAGCAGCAACAUCAGGUUUAGUGAUGCCCUAGUUCAAUUGAACAAGCUCUUUUUGCUGCUCCAUUUCCUCACCUGAAAGAACGGUGAACAGGGUUGGAGCUUGUGUGAACAAAUUACGAAUUAGAUAGUCAAUAGUUGACAUUCAUGGUGGCGAUGGCUAAUACAAGAAUGAAUUUUUCUCUUAUUGUAUCGAGACAGUCAACUAGAUUUGAAGUAAAAUUCAACCGAUUGUUGCAAGCUAUUACCAGAAUGAAGGCUUAUUCGUGUGCCCUUGAUAUGUUUAAACAAAUGACUGUGAGAGGUAAAGCGAAGGAUGGUCUUGGUGUGCUGUGUAUUGGGUUGAAACUUGGCGUCGUACCCGAUCGAUUCACUUUUAGCACUCUCUUGGACGGAUUCAUUAAAGCAAAUAGAGUUGGUGAGGCAGAAUUAUUCUUUAGAAACCCAUCAAAGAAGAGGUAUGUCAAACAAAUGCAGCCAUGUACAAAACUAACUAUGAUAAAAGGAUUAUGUAAGGUUAGCCAAAAUAGUAUUGCAAUUGGUUUGCUUGGACUGAUGGAGGAGGAGGCUGUAGACCUAAUGCUAUAA